UUGCUUAAUACUAAUGUUUGUUCGUUUGUUUGUUACAGGUUGGGUGCUGAGGGCAGGCCAGCAUGUCAGAAUGCGUUGACAUAGCACGCCGCAUGGAAGCUGAGGACUCCGAGGGCUCAAACGACGCCCUAUCCCCCGCCAAAUCCAAAGACGGCAUGGUCAACAAUAUCACCCUCUGGCAAUUUCUUCUGGAGCUCUUGUUGAGUAACCAAUACAAGAAUAUAAUCACUUGGACCAACGCCGAGGGGGAGUUCAAGCUGCUCAAUGCCGAGGAGGUGGCGCGGCUCUGGGGUCUCAGGAAGAACAAGACCAACAUGAACUACGACAAGCUCUCCCGCGCCCUUCGGUACUACUACGACAAGAAUAUCAUUAAGAAAGUCCUGGGCCAGAAGUUCGUCUACAGAUUCGUGUCCUUCCCUGAGAUUAUCAAGAUGGAGAACAAAAUCCCUUUCCACGUCAAAAUGGAGAGUCUCGGAGGGAGCAGCGCCCCCCAGUACAAGACAGAACCUGGGACGGGGGGCGGCAUGUCACCCUACUCCCCUGCGGCUUCGGGGCUACAACCGGGCGCCCCCUCCCCUGUGCCACACCACGGGGGGGCACGGCUACCCUCCCCCGCCCACGCCCCCCCACACCACCUCACCUCGCCCCCCCCAGCGCAUAUUGGCUCCUAUUCUUCGCUGGGUCCCCUGGCGCACAUGUACACCGCGGCAGCCUUCUCCCACAUGGCGGCCGCGUCCCUGGGGGGGUACCUCUCUGCCCUGGCGCGGCGCCCCCCCCAGGAAGCAGAGGCCCCACAACCCCCGCCGCCCCCAGGCCCGGCACUCUGGCCUCCUGAUCUUGCCCCGCGGUCUCCCUCUCCCCCGUCGGAUGACUCCCAGGACUCCCCCGCGGCGCCUCUCCAUCUGGUCACGGAGGAGGCGAGCCGGAGGAGGAGGGAGGAGGAGGCGGAGGAGCGGAGGAGGGAGGAAGAGCAACGCCGGCCGAGGUCAAGGUCACCGCGGGAGGGGUCACCGUGCCAGCCGCCCCCUCCGCCGCCGCCGCCGCAUCUACGGUCACCAUUCCGUCAAAGGUCACCGCUACCGUCACCGCCGCCCCUGUCACCGUUAACCCCACCACCAGGCAGGGACUCCACCACAACCACAUCCACCACAACGACUACCACAUCGAAGCCCCGUGGAGCAAAACCCAAGCCCUCCCCCCUGUCCAUUGAGGCUAUCACGGCGUCCCCCCCGGUGCUAUCCCCCCGCCAGCACUCCGCCUGCUCCCUCAAUACCCCCCUGGUCAACCUCCCGUCCCCCCCAUACUCCGGGGUGGGUACCAAAUCCCCUUAUCUCCCCUUUCAAUUAUGGUCAUCUCUCAGCCCCCUUGCCUCACUAAGCCCCCACUACGGGUCACCCAGGGGUCAACAUCACUUCACCUUCCCAGCCCUUACCCAGUACACCCAUCUCCCCCCCCCGGCCGCCCCCACAGCAGCCUCCCCGCUCCUGCCGCCCACUACCGCUUUCGACUUUUCAGCCCUAACCUCCCCCACAGAAAAAUCCACAACCGUUCCUGUGUUGCAAUGACCAUCAGCUAUCCAUGUCUCCUCCUCCUCCUCCUCUUCCUCCCCCUCCUCCUCUCCUUCCCCCCCUCCUCCUCCUCCUCCUAAGGUGUCCAAAGCCGCCUCCUCCUCCUCCCCAGCCCCUCCACAUAGGUAGCUAAAAGGGAGGAAAGGGAGAGAAAGAGAGAGAGAAAGGGUGUGUCAGAGAGAGAGAGAGAGAGAGAGAGAGAGAGAGAGAGAGAGAGAGAGAGAGAGAGAGAGAGGCAGGUUCCUCCCUUCAUUUGAAACGUACACACUCAUGAGGAGACAUGGACGUACAAGCUGUGUAGGUUUUUGUAACACGUACACACACACACAUACACACACGCACACACACAUGUACACACAAUUUUUUUUUUUUUUUGUAGAUAUAAAUCAUGUUUUUAUUAUUAUUUUUAUUAUUAUUUGUGAUGAGAGAGAGAGAGAGAGAGAGAGAGAGAGAGAGAGAGAGAGAGAGAGAGAGAGAGAGAGAGAGAGAGAGAGAGAGUCACAAAUCGAUUAUUAUCAUUAUUAUUAUUAUUAUUAUUAUUAUUAGUCAAGAAAAUGUCAAAUGUUUGUGUAAAUAUAUUUCUUUAGAUUUUAAGUUUACAAAAAAAAAUGUUCAGGGCAUUUUUAACAUACCAGUUGUUUGUGUGUGUGUUUGUUUGUUGGUGUUGUCUUCCUCUUCUUCCUCCUCUUCCUCCUCCUCCUCCUCCUCCUCCUCCUUCCUUUAUCUUCAUAUAUUCUAAUUAUUUUGUUGUUUUCUUCUUCAUUGUCUUCCUCCUCUUCCCCUCCUCCUCCUCCUCCUCCUCUUUCUCUUCCUCCUCCUCCUCCUCCUCCUUCCUUCAUAUUCUUCUUUGUAUUAAUAUUAUUCUUCAUUUAUCUUCUUCCUGUCUUCCCUUCUCUCCUCCUCCUCCUCCUCCUCCUCCUCGUCCUUCAUAUUCUAAUUAUUUUUUUCUUCCUUUUUCUUCCUCCUCCUCCUCCUCCUCCUCCUCCACGAUUUGGAGAAGAAAAAACACAUUAGGAAAACAUUUUAAACUUUAUUUUUCUUUACAAGUUUUCCUCCUCCUCCUGUGUGUGUGUGUGAGAGAGAGAGAGAGAGAGAGAGAGGGGGGGGGUCCUUUAUGUGUCAUGGGGGGGGCAUGUGUCUGUGGGGUCUGUGAGCUGAGAGAGAGAGAGAGAGAGAGAGAGAGAGAGAGAGAGAGAGAGAGAGAGAGAGAGAGAGAGAGAGAGAGAGAGCACCCCCACACACACAC